GCAUACAUGUCGAAUUUUCUUCAAAAUUUAUGCUCUGGGUUCAACAUCCAGGCUGAUAAGACAUUUAGAAUUGAGCGAUAGCAUACUGGCAUCGUCUUCCGACUCUGAGAGCGGUGGUGUGAGCCCUCCACCGCGCAAAAAGCUCAAAACUUGUGUCAGUAUGCAGACGAAUGGUAGCCUACCCCAACACAAUGGCGAGGUCUCGGACAGUACGUCUCUAGCGAUCCCAAAUGGAAAUAGCGAGGGAGCGAUCAAUGGUGAUUUAGGGGACAAACCUGCGCCCCAAAGGACAUUAUCUAAUUCUGAUAUGGAUAUUAUUCGCCUUAUUGGGCAACAUUUGAGAGGCCUUGGACUAAACCACACAGUGAAUGAACUGAUUGCGGAAUCUGGAUGCAUGUUGGAGCAUCCAUCGGCCGCCCAGUUUAGAACCCACAUCAUGGAUGGGGAAUGGAAUAAGGCAGAGGAAGAUUUAGAAAGUCUCAGGGUCCUUGUGGACAAAACAGACAGUAUUCUGGAGAUGAGGUUCCUGAUCUUGGAGCAGAAGUAUCUUGAGUACCUGGAGGAUGGUCGCGUUCUGGAGGCCCUACAUUGUCUCAGACAUGAGCUCACACCGCUAAAAUACAACACAGAGAGGGUCCAUGAACUCAGCACAUUCAUGAUGUGCAGCAGCCCAGAUGAGCUCCAUGAGAUGUCCGACUGGAGUGGUAAGGGGCAGACAACACGCCAGAAACUCAUAGAGAAAAUACAAGGUUUCCUGCCAGCGUCAGUGAUGUUGCCCCCACGUCGCCUGGUAAGUCUGCUCAGCCAGGCGGUGGAGCUGCAGAAGGCACGUUGCCCAUACCACAACACACGAUUCUCUAGCAGCCUGGACGAUGUCUCACUUCUCCACGACCAUGUCUGCAGCAGGGAGCAGUUUCCAUGUCAGACCGUCCAGAUGAUCAAUGACCACUGUGAUGAUGUUUGGUUCCUGCGCUUCUCCCCUGACGGAACCAUGCUUGCUACCGGCUCCAAGGAUGGCUCACUAAUUGUCUGGGAUGUCGACAAGGUGACAGGCACAGUGAAGCACAAGCGAACAUUCGACAACCCAUCAUACGGAGUCUCAUACAUUGCCUGGAGCCCAGACUGCUCCUUCAUCAUCGCAUGUGGGCCAGACGAUUGUUCAGAACUGUGGCUCUGGAAUGUUGUGACUGGAGAGCUAAAAGUCAAAAUGAGCCAGUCACCGGAGGACAGCCUGACGAGUGCUGCUUGGCACAGUGACGGGCGCAAGUUUGUAACAGGAGGAGUACGAGGACAGUUCUACCAAUGUGAUCUGGAUGGUAAUGUUCUUGACUCAUGGGAGGGGGUGCGAGUCCAGUGCCUUUCCUGUCAGACAGACGGCAAGCUUGUGUAUGCUGCAGACACACACUUCCGCAUACGUGGAUACAACUUCGAUGAACUUAUCGAUUGCCCAAUAAUCCAAGAAACUCACCCUAUUAUGUCUUUCACACAAAAUGACACUGGUCGAUUAUGUCUACUCAAUAUAGCAAGUCAGGGAGUACAUCUUUGGGACUUGAAGGACCGAGUGCUGGUGCGCAAGUUCCAGGGAGUCUCGCAAGGAACUUAUGCAAUACACUCAUGUUUUGGGGGCCUCAACCAAGACUUUGUAGCCAGUGGCAGUGAGGAUCACAAGGUGUAUAUAUGGCACAUCCGUCGGGAGAUGCCUAUUGCAAUUCUGGAGGGCCACACGCGGACAGUGAAUUGUGUUCACUGGAACCCUGCAGUACCAAGCAUGCUGGCAAGCGCCUCAGAUGAUGGAACAGUACGGAUCUGGGGUCCUCAACCCUCAAAUACUGCCAACCUAGCCUUCAAUAAAAAUUCCAUAGACUCUGGUCGGAGCACACCUGUAUAACAGUGGCUCCACCUUUAGGCUUCCUGCAUUCUCCACUUACCAUCAGCCAUAAACCAUUGUGAACGUGUGACCAGUUGGCGUAAAUGUGUAAAAUCAACGAAAAAAGUUAGAAUACACCGUGCACAUUUGGAGUCGACAAAUAGCAGCCAUUCAUCAUUGUAUAGAGUGACUAGUUGGCAUAGGUGUGUAAUGUAAGCGAUACAUUGGUGUGUGAUCCACUACGUGUUAAUGUGGAAUCGACAAUUAUCAGCAAUUCACCAUUGUGUACAAGUGGACAGUUGGCAUAGAUGUGUAAUAUCAACGAUACACCAGUGUGUGCUCCACUAGAUGUAGAUGUGGAGACGACAUACAUGAGCCAUUCACCACUGUGUAGAAGUGAACAGUUGGCAUACACAUAUGAAUUCAACCAUUCAGGACAUCUUAUUGUAUUCAUGAUGAGUUAGGAUACAAUAUCGGCUGACACCGUUAUGUCCAAGUGACCAAUUGACAUACAUGUGUUUAAUAUCAAGAUACAUGUGAUAGGUCGGCAUACAUGUGUUUUAUACCAAUUUUACCCUGUUGUGGGUGACUAUUCGACAUAUAAUCAUAACAUUAACUUGUGUUUGCACAGCUAGCCAACAGACAUGUGUAUAAUAUCAGCCAUAUAUCAUUGUGUAAAUUUGAGCAGUCAACAUGUGUAUGUGCUUGUGUGUUGUUUUAGGUACUCAUACCUCAGUGUUACCAUUGUGAAAAAGUUGUCUGGAUGUGCUUAUCUGUGUCAAUCUGUCUAACAAAACAACACAAACUUCUAUAACUCUUCCUGUCAAUGUUGGUGAAUCACAAUUCAGGUUCCUGUCUUCUUUCAAAUGGCUGGUGGUAUAGUUUUCUUCCCAAUGCACACAUGCAUUUAAAAAUACUCUGAAACAAAAUCAGUUUGAUAACAGUGUACAUUUCCAUUUCAUUUUGUUACCCACCCUCAAGUUGAUUGUCUUAAUUUAUUGUAUGAUUUAAACAAGUUCAUGGAAAAGCUAAUCAUUGAAGUAUCAUGUUUAUUUAGUUGUUUACAGUAUGGGAAUCAUUAAAAAAUAAUAGUUAAAGGUUGCACCAUGGAAUGCAAUAAUCUUGUCCAGAACACAAACAUUUAUUUCUGUUCAUGAAUGUUCAGAAUGCUUUUUUCAAGCAGCAAACAUUUUCCCAACGCUGUGUGCAGUGGGUUCAGCUUAAAGACUGUCCAUUUGUGAUUGCUACUUUCUUAUUGGCCAGUUCCAACAUUCUGAUUGACCAGUUUGAUUUCGAUGCUGCUCUUUGAUUGAUCAGUUUUACUUUGAUAUACUGCAGCCUUCUGAUUGGUCAGCUUGAUUAUUUAGAUGAAGGCUUUGGAUUGGUCAGUUUGAUUUGUCAUCCACAGUAUAGCAGUAGAUCAUUUUUCAAGCAUGUGGAACAUUUCAGGCAUUUGAUGUCAUAUUUAUUUGUGUACAUACAUUUCCAAUAUUAUUUAAGCCAUCUUCUUUAGUAACUGUGUGAUACCACUUUCAUGUACAAUUCUCGUGAUCAUGCUUUGUGUUUGGAGUAAAUGGUUAAUUGUUGUAUAUUCUGAUCAGAUUUUAUCGUUCCAUUUGUUAUAAUAGAAUCAUGGAAUUCUGUGACAUUAUUUAUGUGCAUAGAUGGGAGAGAGUUUUUAUAUAUUGUUUACCAGCACUGAGCUUGGUAUUCUUUAGUUUUUGUUCUGUUUAUUUUGUUACUGCCUGUAAGUUACUUGAAAGAGAAGUCAUGUUUUCCAAAUUGGUAUGUUUUAUUUUGAAAAUACAUACAUUAUUUCACAUAAUUACGUUCUUUGCAAGUGCUCAUUCCAGAUUCUUUUGUUCUGAUGUAAAAAAUGGUGAAACUUGAAGCAGGUGAUAAACGUUUUGAAACUUACAUAAUUAAAUAUUUGACAACUCAGAAAGUUAAGUUAGGGUAUGAGGUAUCCUGUACAAUGAUGUGAAUUUUGUAUGGGUGAUUUUGUAUUACAUGGGUAUCAUUUGAAAAGUUUGAUGUAAUUUACAGUAGUUAAAAAAUGUAAAUUUCAUACUAAAUAAAAUAUUACAAACAAGCUUUUUUGGCCAGAAAAGAUUGUAAAAUAGGUGAUUUUCUGUUCAGUUUGUAUUGAAAUAGAGAACAAAAUACUGCUAUAUCCUUAUCUAAAGGGUAUUUUCGGUCAUUAAUUUUACAUACAGUGAAAACUCGUUAGUGUAGAUGUUGUUUAGACCACAGGAAAUACUUACAGAUAAUGAACAUUCGGUAUAACCGAAAUACAAAACAUGUCUACCUAAACCCAAAAUAUUUUGAAGAAAGUUCGAAAUAACCGGAACAUCGUGAUAACAGAGUAUGACAUAGUGAUUUUCGAGUGUUUUUGUAUAUCAGCAAAAAUAUCCAUCACAUGGGUUCACCAAGCAACUUAACUGAUCAUUGUUGAAAAUUGCUUGAUAAGUGUACACAGGGAUGAUAAAAUUCCGGAUUAAUCCGGAAUUCCGGAUUUAAGGCCUCACGGAUCGAUUUUGAGAUUAAUGUAAAUCCGUUGAGUUUUUUUUCUAGGGGGGAGGGGUACAGGAGCGAAUCGAGCUCAGUUCGAACAAUAUGGGUACGAAAGGUGAGUUUUCCGGAAGUGUAAAGCCGGAAAUUAACGAACCUAUUUACGUCUUGGCAAUCGAGCUAUAUGAUUGGUUAAGAUAGCAUCCGGUGAUUACGGAAAUUACCGAUGGGACAAGAAGACAGUAUCCGGAUCGUCGUACCCGGAUAUGACAGACGACGAAGACGAAUAAACGGGUAUUGGAAAAUUGGAAAAAAAAACGACCACCACCAACUUCUAAAAACAUCGAUUCGUCGAUUUUAAGGGUAUAUUUGCCAUUUAUUUUCAAGAGAAAUUCUCGAAACGUUUCUUUUUAAGUUAAUAGAAAGUGAUCAAACUGAUAAUGAAUUUUGCGCAUGUAGCAUUAUUUCGGACAUCCCGAUUCGGAUUGUGUCAUAAUAAUCGAUUUUUAUUUUACAAAUUUUAUUUGGCUGAUUGAAGUUUACGCUGUAAACCGUUUCUUUAUUAUUCUCAUAAUGUUUGAAGCAUUGUUCUCAAUAAGAAGUGGCUGUUGACCAUAAUGGGAGGUUCAAAUGAAAAUUGGUUUGGUUCAAAUUUAAAAAAAAAUGAAUACAUAUUUUGUAGUAGUAAUACAUAUUACGUGGAGGCAGUCAUUUUAUUUUCUAUUGAUACAGUUCAACAAAACGUCUUGAGGACCCAGUUUGAGUGAGAUUAAAUUCUAUAGUUGUAAUUUGUAUUUCCAGGUAUGUUGAUGGUUACAAAAGUCAGGGAUGAACAGACACCACAGCCAGUGCAUCCAGUUGUUCCUGUCAAUGACUGACAAUUCAAUCCAGAGGCCAUGAUACUUGGAUUUAUGGCUGAACAUGCUCCCUGGCACCACAGUAGUGUGCCUUACUUAAGACACUUGCCAAAGAUACAAAAGCGAAUAAAAACUUCAAAGGUGUACAGCAUCAUACAAGAUGACUUACGGAGUGGCUAGCCAUUUCAAUGAUGAACAUUUGGGGGUUAAUGGAUCUUGGUUUUGUUUCAACUAAGACAAGUCAACAAACACAAUGAGAAAACUGUUGCAGCUAUUUUUCUGCUAUAGAGAAAGAAAUAGUGUUGAGACAUUUGGCCUCCUUAAAAAUCACUAGGGCUGAUUCUGAAUCAAUUUUCAUAGAAUUUGAAAGCCUAUUUGAGAGACUUGAACUGCCAUGGGACAAUCAAGUUUUUGUGCUACUGGACUCAUGUAACACCAUGAGGGAAAAAAAUCUGGCUUAGGGACCAGAAUACGUCAAAGUCCACCAUGUCCACAACGGCUACGCUGCCAAAGAAUUUAAGUCCCGCUUGGAUAUUACUUGGAAUAAUAUAUAGAAUAAUUAAUAACAAUACAUUCUCACCAAAUGUGCAGAAAAUGGAAUAAAUACUCUUUAUAUGAUACUUAAAAUUGAAUAAUUAACACUUUUACAAUAAACAUUUGCAAGCAUGAUAAUCGAUAUGUUGUUCACUAUUAUAAAUCAAACAUCCCACAGUGUAGACUGUUCAUACACAGGCAUUUGAUCAUAGCCAGUUGAGUUUUAUGGGAAGUGGACAACUGAACCAAAAUGUCAGGUACAUGUUUUAUGCCUGUGACUUCAGGUAAAAAAAGUAAAUUUAACUUUGUUUAAAGACAAAGGUGUUAAACUUCACUGCUAAAAAUUCCUGAUAAUUGUUCUGAUUGUGGAUGUCUCGUGUUGAACAUAAUUAUAUCUACCAAACCAAAAGGUGUACUCCAUGAACACUAUUCUAAGGCAAAAAAGGGUAUUAGAAUCCCUGAAAUACGAAAAGCUUCGGGGGGCUUCGCCCCCCUUAUCCCCCCACCAGGGCUUUGCCCUGGACCCAUCGGGGGCCUUAAGCGGCCCCCUGAACCCCAUGCAGAAAUUUUCAGGAUUGGCAACUUGGCUCUAUUAUCAUCCCUGGUGUACACCAGAUAAUUCAAUAAAUUUGUAGGCAGUUACAGGUAUGUCAAUUUAUUUCUUUAUAGAACUUUUGGUACAUUUGCAAUGUACAUACUGUGAUUCUGACAUGAUUUUAUGUAGAGUUACCCUAGUUUCCUGAUAUUUAAUCCAUCCAUAGAGCUGUAAUAUAUUUGAUACAUUAUUUAGAUACGGAGAAUGAACCACAUCUUUCUUAGUUUCGUGCAAUCAGAGGAAUGUUUGUACAUGAGAUAUUUAGUUAUUAUGUUUGUGUUUACACCUUUGUUAAUUCGAGAGUAUAUUAUUUUAUAACUGCAUAUAGGUUCUUUACACAUGAUUCACGGUUAAACCGUUCAUAAACAGUUGAGAUGUAAGCUUGAAACGCUCAUUAUCACUGAUGCUACAAUUGAUAUCAUCUAUUUUCAUGCGUUUAUAUAGUGUAAUUGCAGCAAUAUGUUGCAUUCAAUAACAUUCAUUUUAGAUGACAUGUACUGCCCACCAUUUGCAGUCAAACCAUUUUACAGAAACAAUUAUGUCCUGUCCCUUAAAUGCGGGAACAUUUUGUUUUUGCUGGAGUUGUCUGUCUGUCGUCACAAAUUGUGUCUACUCUAUAAUUCUUGAACCGCUUGAAGGAAUUUGAAAUCGCUCACCGCAAAUGUUAACCAUAUUGAGGCGAUAUGUUCAGAGUGCAUGUUACAGCCAGCUAGGUUCAAGAUCAUACUUAGAGCUCAAAGGUCAUACAACUUCAAUUCACGAUCGCUCCAUAUCUCUUGAACCCCUUGAAGGAUAUUAAAAUAACAAAUGUUCACCAUAAUGGGACAAUAUGCACAGCGCAUGUUACAAUCAGUUCGGUUAAAGAUCAAGGUCACACUAAGAGGUCAUAUGACUAUUUUUUGUGUCCGCUCCAUAUUUCUGAACCCCUUGAAUGAUUUUAAAAUUACUGGCCACAAAUGUUCACUAUAAUGAAAUUAUGUGAAGAGCACAUGUUACAGCCAGUUUUGCAGACAAAGUCCAAUAGCCAAUCGUAAAAAAGUCAAUAAGUUGUCAACAGAUUAUAUUUUGGCCUGUUUGAAUUUGAAUUAUUUGAUUGGUUAAAAAUGUAAUAAUUGGAAAAAUAUUAGCCUAACAAUUUUGGCCAUUUUUGACUAACGAAAGAAUUAACCAGUUUAUACAAUUGUUUUUUGUCGUAUUGCAUCAAUGUCGGCAUCCAAAAGUUUUACAUUAGGGAUGAUAUUCUUAUGAAACUGAUUACACUUGAUGCCAGCAACAAAAUUGUUUAGUUGUGCCUGUUUCCUAUGAUAAAAAACAACAGACAGACAUAAGCAUUGGCAGCCUUUGUGAAACUUUUGUUUUAAUGAAGCAUGAACUUGCAUGCUUUCAAAGGCUACAGUAAGCAAGGUGUGACUUUCCCGAAGUUCGUUAUUUUAUGUUACAAUAUUUCAUACCCAGUAUAUGACACACUGCCAGAGAUACAUGUGCAGUGUUGGUUUAUGUUUUGCUGGCAUGGUUUGGUAUCAUGCUAGGAGUGAGAAAUGUUUUCCUUAGAUUUACUUUGACUAUAUUAUUUUGUGCUUUUGUGUUUUCUAAUUAUGAUGAUGAUUAUUUGUAAUAAUAUUUUAUAGAGUGGAUAACAAUAAAUAUGUAAAUUUA